AUGUACGCUGACCCCGACGCCAGAGGUGGAGUACUCGAAGCGGAAGGUAUAGUGGAGGUGAAGUUCAAGCAGCGUGACAUCCUCAAGACCAUGCACCGCCUCGACCCUGAACUGCUCAGGGUUGGAGCUAGGAUUGCAGAACUGAAGGAACAAAUCAAGGAUAUAUCGAAGAGUUUAGAUAGAAGAGGAUCUAUUGAUGACAGCUUAAUCAGAACAGACAUCGGCAGGGAAGCCGAGGGUCGUGUACGUGAAUUAGAAACGGAACUGUUGGCUGCUGAGAAGACAGCCAAAGCCAGGGAGAAGGAACUGAGCCCUAUUUAUCACGAGAUCGCUGUCCAAUUCGCCGAACUACACGACACAGCUGAGAGGAUGUUAGAGAAAGGGUGUAUAUUCGACAUAAUUCCGUGGCGUUCAUCCAGACGCCAGCUGUACUGGCGCCUGCGGCGUCUGCUGAAGCAGAACGAGCAGGAGGUGAGAGUACAGGCAGCCGUCAAGCCCGCAGACUCCAUGGACCAGGGAGCUGCCGCCGCCAGCCUUCGGAGGUGGUUCACUGAGGACCUUGGAGAGACACAGUCCCAUCAGUGGGAACACGACAAUGAGGCGGUGUGCAAAUGGUUGGAGAGUCAAGCAGGAGACGACAACUCCGUGCUGGAGAAGAAUUUGCGCGCCAUACACCAGGAUGCCAUUCUGCAGACCGUUAAUAACCUUGUGCUGGAAUUGACACCGUCCCAGCGAUCAGAGUUCUUAAGAAAACUGUCCGCAUUAGAAAUGGAACAAUAA